UCUAAUGUAGGGAAAAUUUGUGCAACAUAUGGGGCGAAAUAUGAACAGCAAAAUAGCAUUAUGUCCAGAAGAAUGUAUCUUUCUGCUAGAAAAUGGAUUCCUGGAAAUCAAGCGUAAUGAAAUGCCAAUGAGUACUGAAGAAGCCUAUGCGAUGAUACUUAAAGGAAGGUGUGAAAAAUACCAAGUAUAUUCCUUUCUCUCCCAGUUGGGUUUUUUAGUUGUACCCCAUCAAACGCAGUUAGGUGUUACAAUAUAUGAAAAAAGAAUGAAUUUAGACAAACUAAAACUAAAGAAACGUAAGUCAAGUGCUAAGUUACCUGAGGAACCAGAAGAGAAAAGAUUAACUUUUACUGGUGCCCUAGUUGAUAAUGCAGAAACAAAUAAAAUAUCACAUGUUCCAGAACAACUUGAAGACAGCACUGUAUCAAGUGAUUGCCAGUUUGUGAAAGCAAAUGAUGAAGCAGUUUCUUCUCCAAUCUCUGAGAACAGAGUCAGUAUAAACAAUGUUGAAUCAAAUCAAGGAAUUUCUGCUGUAGCAGAUGACGCUACAGAACCUAGUACCAAGAUCAAUUUAAAUGUUUCAACUACAUCUGAAACUUCUGUAGUGCAUGAUAUUGGUGAGUCCAUUUCAAAUGAUUCUGCAAAGGAAUGCCCAAGUCCUUUAAAUUUUGAAGAACGAUCAUGUUCGGUGAAUAUUGAUGUAACAAACUCUGCUAAUUCAAAAUUGAAUAUUGAUACUGCUGAAUUAUCUUCCCAAAAUACAGAAAUUUCAUGUGAAGCUGUAGAAAAAUCAGUUGAUAAUCACCUUGCUCCGGCUGAUAUUUCUAUAGACAAUUCUGCCAUGUUACAAGAUUUUCAAAAUGGUACAGAAAGCAGCACUAGCAUUGAAAUUCAGGGAGGAGAUGAUUACACAGAUGAUAGCUCUGAGGCUUCUAGUUCUCUUGAAAGUGUUGAAAGUGAUCUAGAUUCUAGAGAUCCUGAAACUAGGGAGCAUAUUCCUAUAAGUGAAAAAGGGGACGAUGAUGUGACACUGAUUGAGGUUAAGAAAAAAGAGACAAAACCACUAGCAGUAAUAGACUUAUUAUCAGAUGAUGAUGAAGAUGAAACAACUGCUGCUGAUGAAAAUGAGGAAAGUGAUGAUGAUAUCCAAAUCGUCAAGGUAUGUUCUGGUUCAUCUGCCUCUAUUCCAACAUCUUCAAAUAGAGAGAGGAAAUUUUAUGCAUUCAAACAAGAAAGGAAACCUCUACCUGAAAGCCAAAGCAGUAAGCUUUCACCAUGCCGAAUAACACUUCAAUAUCCAGAUUAUUAUAAAAAAGAUGUAGUUUGUGUUCCACGCCCACCUCCACAUUGCCUUCCUUUUCGUGUUCUUCCUGCUAAAGAAGCUUAUGUUUUAAAUCUGAGAAAAGAAUGUACUCAACAGUCAGGAGGUAGACUCUGGAACAGCUAUAGAGAUCUACAAGAAUAUCAGCGUUCUAGACGCCAAAAUAGAAAUUCGGCACAAAUACAUGAAAAUAGGCGAUUUGGAAAUUGGCAAAAUCGUAGUCCUCCCAGGGAACACAAAUGGGAGCUUAAUCAUAUAGGUCAGUCUAAUUCUCCAGAUCGAUUUAGAACUUCUCGAGAUUUCAGUUACGGACGUCAGAGGAAUCCAGAGUUUAAUUCAUUUGGAUCAGGUAGAAAUAACCACCAUGAUCAUUCUCCAUAUCCUACCAAUAAUUCUGGCAAUUCAUUAAUAUCUCCUAGACCUCAUGAUAUAAAUUUAAGAAUGCAGCACAGCCAGUUUUUUCAGUCUAUGCUGGCUAACAAUAAUGCUCUUGUAAAUAACUUUCCUCCCCGUUUGCAAAAUCUGUCAUCGCUGGACACUGCUGAUUUUAUGUCUGAAUUGCAAAGAACUGUGUAUAAUGCUGCAACAAAUUUGGUAUCUUCCAUGUUGAGUGAAAGUCAUAAUCAAAGCAGCUUGCCCGAAUAUGGUACUUAUCGUCAAGAGAGGCGGAAUUUUUAUUAUGACCAGAAUCCUCCAAAUGCUCUGAAUCGAUUAUCAUCAUCAUUUGUUCAGGAAGGACUCAUACAUCGUGGGAAUGAAGUGCAGAAUUGGCCUUCUUCCAUACAAAAUAAUAGACGUUUUUUCAGGGAUAAUGGUCCACGAAACUAUUCUCAUAGAGGCAGGCCAUUUCCAUGUCUUUAUCGUAGCUUUAGCAAUAAAAGUUCAUGGAAUGACAUAAAGGCAGCAGUAGAUGGGCAGAAUGGAGGAACUGAUGAAGGCAAUAGUAAUGAUAUUGAAGAAGUACCCAUUUAUGAAAACGAAGUACUCUGGUGUAGAAACAUUUGUCCUCUUGUUAGAGCAGGUUCAAAAUACACUGCAUCUGAAGUCAUGAAAAUGCUGGGAGUGACCCAAAUGGCCAAGAUGCUUGAUAAAGGAAACAAAAAUGAAAAAUAUUUUCCAGCUACUCCUUCUUUAGAAAUUUCUUUUGAUGUGUAUUUACCUGGCACUAACUACAGAAAGACAUGUCCAGAAAUUCCGAAGUACAGAAUUAUUGUUGUCAAAGCAACGGACUCAAUUCCAAAAUACUCAGAACUCGUUUUACUGCAAAGAAAAUGGAAUGAUAAUGCCUCUCUACAAAUAGCAGUUGUGGAUAAUGGUGACAUAAAUUUUUACUCUUUUAAUAAUAUUUGUUUACCCAACAUGGAAUCCUCUGUACCUGUUUGAACCAGUGUAAUCCUUGUACAUACAUUGUCAUCAAUAUGUAACUCAUAAUGUAUAUAUGCUCUUGUAAAUAUAUUUACCAAAGGAAA